ACGGCCGGGCACGUACAGAUGCCAACAGAUACGUCGCUCACUGCGUGACCUGCGUCAAGCGAGAGAGGAAGCAGCCACAGGGAGAGGAGAUGUGAGCUGACUUAUCCUUCACGAUUAAAGCACCAGUCGUCUCCAGUGGAGUAGUAGAGGGGAAACAUGUCACAAAGACUAUUUGUACUUAAAAGGAAUUACUGCCUACAUACAAGCCGCUAUCUCAGUCCCCGUGUAUCACUCAAAUAUUACAAAUGUCCAUCAAUAAAUAUUUUACUUUGAAAGUCACGAGCGGAAAGUGAAAACACGCUGUAGUGUGAAUGAAAGCUGUCUGUGGAUGAGAGAGAUCAGUAAGUUGAGCAGACAUUAAGCAAGAAAAGUUGUUAAUGACAGCGUAUUGUUGUAUUCAUAACACCGCUGUCACUUGAGUCCAAACGACCCAGCGUCCUCCUGACGUCAGCUGAGGUAGCUUGAUCUCCUCACAAGGUUAUCAGUAUGGCCUCAUGGAUUAUUCAGACGACUGUGAUGAUGCUAUCGGUCUUCAUCAGCAGCAGCCUGGGGAAGAGGGACAAGAUGCUCUACUGCUCUGCAUGCAAAGCUAUUGUGGAUGAACUGAACUACUCAAUCAGUCGGGUGGACCCAAAGAAAACCAUCAACGUGGGCAGCUUUAGACUCAACCCUGAUGGAACCAUGACAGACAAAAAGGUACCUCUGGUUCGCUCAGAGACUCACCUCAGCGAGCUCCUUGACGGACUGUGCAGCAGCAUGAGUGACUACGCCCUCCAUGUCGACCCUGAUACCCAGCACAGACAGUACAUGAGGUUUGCUCCCAGGAGCAGCGGGGUCUCUGGGGACUUCCCUGACAUCAAAAACUUCAAGUUUGAUGGACCUGAGGGAUCCAACUCCCUGAAAUUUGCAUGUGAAACAAUUGUGGAGGAGCUGGAAGAUGAUAUCAUCUCUCUGUUCAGCCAGGAUGUAAAACCUGUGCACAAGGAGUUAUGCAACAGAGUCUCAGACUACUGUAGAGACAGCAGUCACACAAACGAGGAAUUAUAGUGAUGUUAUAUUUUCAGUGGAUGAAGGUGGGACCAGCUUCCUCGCAAUGAUUACAAAAAAGAGGCCUUUAACAAAAUCAGUUUUUGACAAAUGCUUGACAAUCUUUUGGAACAAAUAAAAGAAGAAACCUUGAG